AUGUAAAAUUUGUAUUAACCAUAUCAUCACAUCUGGAGAAUGACAAAACGAACUCAGAGAAGGACUCAAAUAAAGGAAUUUGGUACAGUUGAUGCAACAUUUAAGUAUUGAUGAGCUUGAGUACACAUUAAAACAGCUAAAACGAUGUCCGACAAAUAUAACCGAUUGGUGACGUUGCUUAUCGACAUCUCAACUAAAGUGGUUUUGGAGCUAUUUUUAGACUGUGCUAGAAAGGACCUCUCCACUGGCUCAACUUACUCUACAUUGGCUACUUACAUGACGACCAAAAAGACUGAAGUGCGCCGCUUAAAGUCGAUCAAGUCAUUUCAGUACAUCAAGAUAUAUCCAAGUAGUGGAUCUUGUAUUGAGUCAGAAUGGGACAUUUCUUUGCUUUCUGCGCUCAUUUUUGGUUUAUAUGGAACGAAAGUGGCUCCUAUUCGUGGUGAUAUGAUCAAGAUUAAAGAAAUAAGAAACGAGUUGCAACAUUCUGCAAGUACUGCAAGUUUAUCGGACGAAGACUAUAAAACAAAAUGGAACAGUCUUUCUUCAGCAUCUCUUUCUAUUGCAUACUUUGUGAAAGGAACCUCUUAUGAAACAGAUAUAAAGGAAAAGAUAAGGGAUCAAAGUGGUUGUACAUUUAUUCCAAGAUUGGGUGAGACGAUGCGAUUGUGGUACACAUCAUAUGCCGAGGAUUCAUCGUCAGCCCUCAAAGAAGAAAUUUCGUCUUUAAACAAAAAGAUAGAAGACCAAAAAAAAUUGAACUAAAACAAGUCAGAGAAGAACUGUGUCACCUUCGAGAGCAAACGGGAAAUGUAGAAACAGAUUGUAGGUCAACUUCCGAAAUCAUUCAAGACGCUACUGUUCACCGUCCUAGUAACACAGGAAAUCCUGUAAAACGAAUAAGGACUCUUGACCCUAUCUUGGAAAGGCUCAGAAAGGAUUUUGUUAGACUGUCAAAGCAAAUGCCCGUCGAUGAAGUUCAGCCCCCAAAAGAAAUCGAUGAAAUACGAACCCGGCUUAGAAACGAAAAAUAUGUUUUUAUAACAGGACACGGCAACAGGUCUUAUAUUGAAGCUGCUUUGUAUGCUAUCAAGGAUUUGGAGCAGACUCCUUCCAACUGUGUUUUGCUCUCAUCUGCUUCUAACUGGGAACACAUUGAACCCAGUGAAGUAGAGUUGGUUUUAAUAUUCUGUCCAUUUGGUAAAGGGGACAUUGAUCAUGCAAAAACAAAAGCCUUUCUUGAUAUUCUUGACAACAUUCAGCUGAGUAUCAAUGACCCUGCUGAAACGUUUUCAGUCAUGAUAGUUUCACAGACGGAGGUAUUUCAAAAAGUGCUUGUGAGUUGCAACAGACACGAUCUGUUAGAAAAUCCAGUGAAGAUUGAUCGUCCCAAUACAGCCGAAAGCCCUGACGAUAUACACGAAGAAGAUUGGUCAAUCAGUACUCAAUCAACAGACACAAUGCAAUCGAUGAUUGAAAUGUCCUCGGCCUACAAAAGUUAUUACCCAAAGAUAAACCCUAAAUCGCCUGCUGUUGUCAGGGUUAAGCAACAAAUGUGCUCUUCAAAAGUAGUAUUAUUAACGGGCGAUGACACUAAAUCUUUGGCCUCGGUUGCGCUAUCAUUUACAGAUUCAUAUUGCACUGGCCAAUUCCUUAUUGUUGGAAAGAUUGAUGAAAUCAUGAGUUUUCCUGUACGAAAUAUUUCAUUGCUUAUUGUUGAGGACAUGGCGGGAAAGUAUGAUUACGAUCGACAGAGGGUUUCUGGCUGGUUGGAGAAAUUUGACAAGCUUCUGCCUCUUGUCAACGAUGGAAAGCUUAAUCUGAUUGUUACAAUGGCUUCUGACAAAUUGCAAAGAUGCAUUGACGACUUUGGUCAACAAAUGAUUUUCUCUUAUGAGGGUAUUGUAACUGCCACUGAGGUCACCUCGGUGGUGCCGCUUGUCAAAACUGAACCAGAAGAAAACGCCAAUUCAUCAGAUUUGCAAUUCUUAGAUUCUCUCGAUGGCAAGAAUACAGCUAUAACCUAUACCGCACAGGAUCCAAGCACCCACAUUGACCAUAUAGCCGACUUUUUGACCAAGAAGUGGACUUUCCAAGGCCACCAACUUCUGGCGAUUGGUUUAGAUAAAAAAACAAUAUAUACCAUUGACUCAGAGAACGACACUGUUACUGCGCUGACACGUGAAGGAUUUGUGAUCGGUGUUGCUGCAGACAAGGACAAACUCUGUCUUCCAAAUGGCAUCACUGAGGACUUUGCAGGACAUGUAUACGUUUCUAGUUUUGCAUCUCAUACCGUGUGUCUUGUAAUUCCCAAAACGCGCACCAUCACUAAACUUUUGGGGAAGGAGGACGGUGUGAUGUGGCCAGAAGAUGUUGCUUUUUGUAAAUGGACUAAUCAUCUGCUUGUUUAUAACGAGGGGAUAAAAGAGUUUAAAAUAAGCUGA